CUUUAAAAAAAAAAACUUGACCCCAGGCCGGAAACAAGUCGCCACGCCGUUCCCCGGCCGACCUCGCUUCGCCCCGACCACCGCAGGGCCAUGGAGCCGAACGCAGCUGUUGAGGCCGACGCCGAGGACGACUACAUGGGGGACCUGUCCCACUUCCUCCCGCCGAGCCCCUCCUCUCCCACCAGGAGCCUCGGGGUCCGGAAGCAACCCCCCAAGCCGGCUCCGCCGGCGCGAGGGCAGGCGAAGCGCGCCAAGGGGCUGCCGUGGAAGGAGCACCGGCGGCAGGAGCGCGAUAGGAGCCAGAGAGAGGAGGAUGCCCGCACGUUGGCCGGGAUGGCAGAGGCCAUCCCGGAGAGCAACGUUGGGUUCAAGAUGUUGAAGCAGAUGGGAUACGACCCAGCAGCCCGCGGCGCCGGCGCCGAGCCGGUCGGAAUCGAGAUCCGCCGCUCUCGGGCCGGACUCGGGGCGGAGCCAGAUGCUUCUGUGGCGCCGCUGCCGCAGCCAUCGGAACCCAAGACGCGGGAGGAGGAAGAAAGGGAGAGGAAGCGGCAGGAGGAGAUGGUGGUGGAGCUGAGGUCGAGGAAGAGCACGCAAUGGAAGGGACGGAGGUUGGUGUGGGACUUCCGCAAGGCUGAGGCGGCGCUCGCGCAGCUGGAGAACAGGGAGGUGGAGCCACCGGCCCCCGAUGGGGAGGAGAAGGAGAAGGGAGAAGAUGAAGAGGAAGAGGUGAUCACUGAAGAGGGUUUACAAACCAUACUGGAUAAGCUGCGUGUUCAACACCACUAUUGCCUUUACUGUGGAUGCAAGUUUGAAUCAGCAGGAGCAUUGGCAAAUGAAUGCCCUGGGCCUAAUGAAGAUGAUCACUGACCCACUCUGUCAAUGGUGACAAGGGCACUGUCCUUCCCACUACAGGUGAUGAUUCUAUGAGCAAUGCAAUCUGUAUUCAGUAAUGAUUGGCAUUACCGCAUUGGAUUCUUCACAUACUGGAUUACAAACUUGCUGUUUCGUUUUGCCUCUAUCAUGCAGAUUAUGGUAAAUGUGACAUUUGGGAUAUUCUUGAUUAGUUGACUGUGUACGGUUAACCUUAGUCCUUAACACAAUCACUGGUUCAUAGCCAACUGGAGAAACUGAUCUCCUGCAUGUUAGUGGAAACAAUAUAUUCUUAACUGCUAUUAUGUCUAUUA